GUCACACAAAACAAACUUAUCGUGAUAGCAGCUAAACACAGGCACCCACUACAAUUCUUUCAGGGAGAAACUAAGUGUCAUGUCCAGUCUUAAGGAGAUCUGUGCGGGAUUACCCCUUGAUCCUCUUCCCCAAAAUCAUGGCAGGGACCCCAGUGUACCUCACGCACCAGUGCGUACUCCAAACCUCACUGCGGCAGAAGAACGGCUGGCUUUGGGGAAUGCUUUGAGAUACUUUCCCCCUGCUCUGCACCCGAUUCUGGCUGCAGAGUUUGCACAGGAGCUCAGACAGUAUGGGCACAUAUACAUGUACCGCUUCUGUCCUGCCCUUCGCAUGAGAGCCUAUCCAAUUGAUCAGUACCCAUGUGGAACAAAACAAGCGGGUGCCAUAAUGCUUAUGAUCAUGAACAACCUGGAUCCUGCAGUGGCACAGUUCCCACAAGAGCUUGUGACGUAUGGAGGGAAUGGACAGGUGUUCAGCAACUGGGCUCAGUUCUGGCUGGUGUUUCACUAUCUGAGCACCAUGACUGAAGACCAGACGCUUGUGAUGUACAGCGGCCACCCAUUAGGUCUCUUUCCAAGCCUUCCUUCUUCCCCACGCUGUGUAAUCACUAAUGGCAUGGUUAUUCCAAACUAUUCUUCAAGGGAGAAAUACGAUAAGAUGUUUGCUAUGGGGAAUACCAUGUAUGGCCAGAUGACAGCCGGAAGUUACUGUUACAUUGGCCCUCAGGGCAUCGUCCAUGGCACCAUGUUGACAGUGCUAAAUGCAGGUAGGAGAUACUUGGGUUCCAGUGACUUAAGGGGGCGUGUCUAUGUGACCUCUGGUCUGGGUGGCAUGAGUGGAGCACAGGCAAAGGCCGCAGUCAUUGCUGGCUGCAUCGGGGUCAUUGCCGAGGUUGAUGAAGCUCCACUUAAAAAAAGACAUGAGCAGGGCUGGCUGAUGGAGGUUACUAGUGAACUGAACCACUGCAUUCAACGCAUCAGGGAGGCCAGAAAAGCAAAGAUGACUUUGAGUUUAGGUUACCAUGGCAACAUUGUGGAUCUUUGGGAGCGGCUGUACCAGGAGUAUAAGCAGACAGGAGAGUUGUUAGUUGAUUUGGGUUCCGAUCAGACAUCACUACAUAAUCCAUUCAGUGGAGGAUACUGCCCAGUGCAACUCACCUUCAGACAAGCCAAUGAACUUAUGAACACAGAUCCCCAACGCUUCAAAACCUUAGUACAUGAGAGUCUUCGUAGGCAGGUUGAAGCAAUCAAUAAACUUUCAUGUGUGGGGAUGUUCUUCUGGGACUAUGGCAAUGCUUUUCUGUUAGAGGCACAGCGAGCAGGUGCGGAUGUGGAGAAGAAAGGGGGAGGAGCCACUGUAUUUAGAUAUCCCUCAUACAUCCAACACAUAAUGGGAGAUAUUUUUUCACUGGGUUUUGGGCCGUUCCGCUGGGUGUGCACCUCUGGUGACCCUGCUGACCUGUCUGAGACUGACGCAAUAGCUGCCGCUGUACUAGAAGAGAUAAGCAUUACGGUAACCGAAAACGUUCGACAGCAAUACAAUGACAACAUCCACUGGAUCCGUGAGGCUGGGAAGCAUGAGAUGGUUGUGGGUUCUCAGGCCCGCAUUCUCUAUUCGGACCAGAAAGGAAGAGUAUCCAUCGCCUUGGCGAUAAACCAAGCCAUUGCCAAGGGGAGAGUCUCGGCCCCAGUAGUGAUCAGCAGAGAUCACCAUGAUGUCAGUGGAACAGACAGCCCAUUCAGAGAGACCUCUAAUGUUUAUGAUGGCUCCGCAUUUUGUGCUGACAUGGCUGUUCAGAACUGUAUUGGUGAUGCGUUCCGUGGUGCAACGUGGGUUGCUUUGCACAACGGAGGAGGAGUUGGAUGGGGGGAAGUGACAAAUGGAGGUUUUGGAUUGGUUCUGGAUGGUUCUGAAGAAGCAGGCCAGAGAGCUAGACUAAUGCUGAACUGGGAUGUCUCUAAUGGGGUGGCAAGGAGAUGUUGGUCCGGCAACUCUAAUGCUUAUGAGACGAUUCAGCGUACCAUGGAGGACCAGGGUCAGCUGAGAGUCACCAUGCCCUACACAGUGAUGGAUGAACACAUUCUGGACCGUGCACUGCAGGGCGAGACUUAACUCUGAAAUAUUAUAUUAAAGACUAUGUAUUAAAGAGA